AUGUUUAGAUUUCUCGGUUCACAGUUAAAAGCAUACAAGAAUGCAAGCACAUCAAAGUUGAGCUACUCAACAGUUGUUAACAAGACCCCUAAAAUAAAUGUAAUGGAACAUGUGUCAAAACAACAGGUCGAAAAAGCAAAUACUGACGGUCGUCGUGAGCUUUUUUCACGUAACAACCCAAAUGGAAUCAAACCAGGAUCUAUUGUUAUGGUUGAGACAUUAAACGGACCCAAUGAAACAACAACAUCUACAUUUAUGGGUGUCUGUAUUGCCAUUCGUAGAAAGGGCAUAGAUACCAACUUCACCCUUCGUAACAUUGUCAUGCGUAUUGGUGUCGAGCAGAGAUACAACCUUUACUCACCUUUAUUGAAGAGCAUCAAAGUGAUGCAAAAGCCAAACGAAGUCAAAUUCAGAAGAGCUAAACUGUACUAUUUAAGAGACCAACCUGGUAAGGCAUUCCAGUCACUUCAGGGAUUGUGGAAGCAGGAACAAUUAGACAAGGCAAAAAAAUAG